CGGGGUCCAAAAUGGCGGGAGGUUCGCGGGGCUAGUCGGGGCUUCCGCAGCGCCGGGACUAGAGCGACAGCGGAGCCGGGUCCAUCCUCGCGGCGCCCCCUCCCCUCCGCCCUAGCCCGCCCCCGCCCGCCGCCAGCAUGAGCAACAUCUACAUCCAGGAGCCUCCGACCAACGGCAAGGUUUUAUUGAAAACAACAGCUGGAGAUAUUGACAUCGAGCUAUGGUCAAAAGAAGCACCAAAAGCAUGCAGAAAUUUCAUCCAGCUUUGUAUGGAAGGUUAUUAUGACAACACAAUAUUUCACAGAGUUGUGCCUGAUUUUAUAGUGCAAGGGGGAGAUCCCACUGGUACUGGAUCAGGUGGAGAGUCAAUCUACGGGCUCCCCUUCAAGGAUGAAUUCCACUCACGAUUGCGUUUUAAUCGAAGAGGACUGGUCGCUAUGGCAAAUGCUGGAGCUCAUGAUAAUGGCAGUCAGUUUUUCUUUACACUGGGCCGUGCAGAUGAACUUAACAACAAGCACACCAUUUUUGGAAAGAUUACUGGGGAUACCAUAUACAAUAUGUUACGACUGACUGAAGUAGAAAUUGACAAAGAAGAAAGACCACUCAAUCCACACAAAAUAAAAAGUAGUGAGGUUUUGUUUAAUCCUUUUGAUGACAUCAUUCCAAGAACAAAUAAAAAGCUGAAAAAAGACAAACCAGGGGAAGAAGUAAAAAAGUCAAAAUCCAAAGGCACAAAAAAUUUUAAUUUGCUUUCAUUUGGAGAGGAAGCUGAAGAGGAAGAAGUGGAAGUCAACAGAGUUAGUCAGAGCAUGAAGGGAAAAAGUAAAAGUAGUCAUGACUUGCUGAAGGAUGAUCCACAUCUAAGCUCAGUUCCUGCUGUUAAAAGUGAAAAAGCAAAUGAAGUGAAAGAUUCAGAUGAGGAAGAAGAGGAGGAUCAGGAUGAUAGUGAUAAUGAAGAAGGUGAAAUGGAUAGUGACGAGAAAUAUCAAGUGAAAGAACGCGUAGCUAAGAAGUUGAGAAAAGAUAAAAAUGAAAAUGUUAAGCUACCAUUUAAAGAAGAACCCGAAACUGAAAAGAAAACUACUAGUCGCAGUGAGGAACUACGCAAAGAAGUACGCCAGCUGAAACGUGAACUACUAGAAGCAAAGCAAAAGAGAGAAGAAAAUUCUACAAAAUCAAAAGAAAAGAAAGAUGAAGAGGAAGAAGCUGAUCCAAACAGCAUAGUUACGGAAUAUUUACAGGAGAAGAAAAAGUAUGAAGAUCUGCGGAAGCAGCAGCCCAAGAAAGGGAUAUCUCGUGAAGAGCAGACGCUGGCACUGCUGGACCGAUUCAAAUCAAAGCUGACUCAGGCAAUAGCAGACACUCCUGAAAAUGAAAUGUCUGAACCUGAAGUAGAGGAUGAUGAAGGAUGGUUGUCACAUGUACUUCAGUUUGAGGACAGAAGCAGAAAAGUGAAAGAUGCAAGUAUGCAGGAUGAAGACACUUUUGAAAUCUAUGAUCCUCGGAAUCCUGUAAAUAAGAGGAGAAGAGAACAAAGCAAAAGGAUAAUGCGGGAGAAAAAAGAAAGGAGAUGAAAUGAAUGUAAAGCUGUCCAGAGCUGGCUUGGAAAGUGUAAUAAAGUAUUGGCCUUUUAAUAGCUGUGGUUCCUAAAAAUAUCACUUUGCAAGUGUGAAAAGGAAUCUCUCAAGAACCUGUUGUCUGAUUUUGAAAUACAGCUAUCUUAUUUGUUUUAUGAAUUGUGCAGUAAAAUAAGCAAGUGCUCUCAGUGCAUAAUCCAAGCUCUCUUUAAACACUUUGAAAUUUUAAUAAAUAUAUAAUAGUUUUGGUCAUCGUUUUAAUCAAUGUAUAGCAAUUAAAUACUGAGAAUAGUGUAAUUAGAAGGUAUGUUUUCAAGACAGUGAAGAAAAGAUAUUUGCCAAAAUGAAAACGUUAAAGAAUGGAAAAAAAAUAUUCCCACCAGCUGUACAGGCUUUUUUAAGAUUUAAUUUUUUAAAAUUGUAAGAUUAAAUCUAUUUACAGAUGAUUGAUUUUUUUGUUUAGUUAAGCAAUUGGGUUCUUCAUUGUAUCACAAAGUUCAGAAGAUAGAUUUAAAAAUUCCAGACUUCCAGCACAAAGUGUACAGUGUUCCCAGCUCUCUUGAAACUCAAUCAAAAUUUAAUUUGAGGGUGUGGUUAAAUUUUCUUCAUCUUGAGAAACAUAUCCAAAAAAUUACUUGGAAAGACAUGAUAAUCUACAAGUUUGGAAAUGUUAUUUCACAAGCUUGAGAACAUUUUAGAAUCCAAAUUUAAAUAGCAAUUAAUAUGGAAAAAAAACCAAUAAUUUAAAUCACAUGUUCAUAAGAAACUUAGACUCCCAGAAUGAGAGUAGUUAUUACAAAGUACCCUUCCUCUAAUUUCAUCUUCUCUACUGAUUUGUCAGUAUUGCAAGUUUAUUUAUCUCAAUAUUGAGAUACAGAAAUUGCAAAACUAAUCUCUGACUCUUGUUUUUAAAGACUUUACAGCUAGCAUGUAGUGACCUUAAAGCCACUAGAGGAAGCUGCAAAUUUAAAUAACCGUACAUGACGCAGCUUUCUCUAGCACAUAAUAGAAGUGUGUAUAAAAGAAAAAUAUAUCUGAAAUCCCAGGGAAUAUGGCAUUUUUGGUUGUAUAAAUUUCUAAGCUACACAUACAUAUAGUAAAGCAGUUGGUAACAACUAAAUAAGGGGACAACAAGGUCAUUAAAAAGUGAGAGUAGUUGAGUGUUUUGCUGCUGUCGUUUUUAGAACAAGUUCAGUAGGGAAUGGUGUCCUUAUCAAACCGCCACUACCAAGUUCCUUGAUAGGGUCUGACGUGUGAGGUACAUAAACCUGUCUUGGUGUGUUAAUGUGGUCCAAAUGGCAGAGGUUAGAUUAAUGCAGAAUAUUGCUUAAAUGUGCUAUGUAAUCUCUGAGAUAAGAAGAAAAAAACUUGUAGGUGUGAAACAAGUUCCUGGAGAAGGCUGUCAAUGUCAUCCUCUUGUUCUGAGUGAAUUAUAUUCUAGCAGGGUAUAGCAGAGUUAAGAGGGGUUACAUUCUUAAUGCUGUCAUUCACCAAAAAAAAAAAAAAAAAAAGUGAGUCAAAGUUCUUUGUGAUCUGCUUUAGAAUCUGUAAAUAAUUUUCUGGUGGGCUGUCAUUACUACUUACCAGAAGGCAGAGAACAAUUUUCCAUCCACGGUCACAUACUGAGUCACAUCUCUUUAUUUAUUGCUUUCCUAGGAGAGCCAAUAGAAAGUUUUAGAACAAUCAUUGGUAAAAAUGAUUAUCAAAUCCUCUCAUUCCACAGGAGGAAAUGACUAAGCUGACAUCCUCUUGCUCAUGCAGUGGGUACUGAAAAUAAAUAUAAAUCAAAAAUUUACAUUAUUGAAAUAAAUAACUAUGAUUAAUACUUA